UGGACAGGUCGUUCUUAGUUCGUACCUGGCUAGAAGAGAAGUGCGCAACAAACAUCUCCAAUGGGUCCUCAGUACGCACCAAGUCUGCGCUCCCGUCUGGCACCUUUGCUACUUUUUCUGCAGAUAGGGUUCAUUGCCAUAUAUGCCUUUUACAUUGAGAUCGAAAGCAAUGUAAAAGUAGAUGGAAUUACCUUCAGCAGCUUUUACCCAGAGUUCCAGGAUGUGAAUGUGAUGGUGAUUGUAGGUUUUGGCUUCUUAGGCACUUUUCUAGUGCGAUAUGGUUUCAGUGGCUCUGGUUUCAACCUCCUUGUGGCUGUCAUUGCCACCCAAUGGGCUAUCAUACUCAAUGGCAUUGAGUCCUGGUAUCACAGAGGAAAGAUCCCGAUCAAUUUGAGAAGCUUAGUAGUUGCUGAGAUGUGCACUGCCUCUGCCCUCAUUUCAAUUGGAGCUGUGAUGGGGAAGACCAACCCUGUGCACCUCAUCCUCAUCGCCUUGCUGGAGGUGUCAGGGUUUGUGUUGAAUGAAUGGCUCCUCCGGACUCUGCUGAAUGUCCAGCCUCUGAACGGCAUCAUGCUGCUUCACAUCUUUGGGGCCUUCUUUGGACUCAUGCUGACCUGGGUCCUGCAUAGGAAAGGAUCGGAGCAGCGUUUUGAAAAAGAGAAAUUUGACAGCAAAACUGGAUUAUUCUCCACAUUGGGCACUGUGUUUCUCUGGAUGUUUUGGCCCAGUUUUAAUUCAGUCCUUGUGGACAAUCGCACACCUGGGACAAAGCUGGCGGCCAUAUGCAGCACCUACCUUGCCUUGGCUGUCAGUGCUGUUACAGCAGCUGCCGUGUCCGUGCUCUCCAGUCCCAAGGGAAAACUCCACCCAAUCCAUAUGCAGUCAUGCAUGCUUGCUGGCGGUGUUGCUGUUGGGGUUUCCAUGUCGGCGGUUCAUCAGCCAUGGGAGGCCAUGACAAUUGGAUUCACUGCUGCAGUUGUAUCAACCAUUGGGUUCCGGUAUCUCAAGAUCCACAUGCUGUUUGCAUUUCAGUGCCAUGACACCUGCGCCAUCUUGAGCACACAUGGACUCCCUGGUCUACUGGGAUGGCUAGCACAUCUCCUCAUACAGAUUAAAGACGAUCACACAACGGCAAUCCGGUUUGCUGUAUUUCACAUUUAUACUCUUCUGAUCACCAUCACUCUAAGUCUGUUCAUGGGAAUCAUUACAGGGGUCAUACUCAAGUGGAAGUUCUGGAGACCACCCCAAGACAAGAAAUAUUUUGACGAUCAGGCUUUCUGGGAGUUUCCCCAUCAGGCAGUGCGCAAAUAAGAACACGGAGAAAGAAGAAGACUGACCCUGGAAGUGCAAACUAUUUUUGGUGUUCAUUCAUGUCAAUGUAUAUAGUUUCAUACACUUAUUCGUACUUUGUGCAAAGUAGUUCGAUGUUUUUAUAUGUGCAAGAGUGGGAUGAGGGGGGUAAAAAAAUAAAUAAAUAAAUAAAAAUCAAUA